AUGUCUGACAAUCCACAACACGAAGGAGGGAGGAAACGCGUGUGCAAGGCAUGUGACCGUUGUCGCUUAAAGAAAUCCAAGAAGUGUGACGGUCUCGACCCUUGUUUGCGCUGUCAAGCGGAUAAUGCCACCUGUAUAUUUGGACAAAGAAAGAAGAUCCAUGAGAAAUCGUAUCCCAAAGGAUAUGCAGAGAUGUUAGAAGAGCAACAGAGUUGGCUCGUAAAUGGCCUCCGGGAACUUUAUCACCGAGCCGUCCAAGGCCAGGGCUGGCCGGGAGAGCCUUUGAAGCUUGAGCCGAAUGGUUUUCCUCUUACCCAUGAUAUGGUUACCCAGCUCGGGGCUUUAAAUAAGAAGCCUGAGAUGCCUCAGAGAGAACUCAAUAUUACGCUCCAACAUGAGUGUGAAAGGAGAUCCAGAGAAUCAGCUUUAGCCACGCCCUCCAUCCAACCAUCAUGGGCAGACCUUUCUCAGCAGACAAUACCUCCUACACCAACGACGUCAAACGAAAGUCCCUUGGAUAUUCAGAUAUUUCAUCCUGAAAAUAUGCUAAGGAGCUCACAUUUCGAGCCGCAGAGGACUGAAAUCUUUGAUCCAUGGGGAUCCCAGAAUCCACAACGGUGGCCUACAGAAGACUUCGGAUUGUUUGAUGACAUGGAAAUGAUGAUAGCAGCGAAGAAUCCAAAUUUGCUCUUUGAUGAUCCAUUUCUUUACGAAAACCUGGAAGUAUUCACCGACGGGAAUGCAACGGAAAUCACUUUGAUCUAG